UUGAUAUCAUUCAGAAUUGGUUUUUCUCCGCCCCACCGCCCCCCACAAAACCACAAAUAAGAAUGCCUUCAUCAAAGCUCUUCUUCACAGCCACAGUAGCUGUUCUUCUCUCCGCCCUAAGUGCACUCAAUUUCAUUAAGUUUUCAUUUUUUCAUGCUGGAGAUGGAGAAUUACAAAACCACCAUUCCUCCAUUGAAACUGUUCCGAUAACGGGUGCCGUUGGACCCGAGACGUAUGCCUUUGACCGACUCGGUGAAGGUCCUUAUACCGGCGUAUCGGAUGGCCGGAUUAUCAAGUGGCAGGAAGAUCAACGGCAAUGGAUCACUUUCGCUGUUACUUCUUCCAAUAGAUCUGGUUGUGAAGGACAACAUGAUCACGAUCAAACGGAGCACAUUUGUGGGCGCCCAUUAGGACUGAGAUUCAACAAAAAGGACGGCGAUCUCUAUAUUGCUGAUGCUUACAUGGGACUACUCGUUGUGGGACCCCAAGGUGGGUUGGCCACUAGAGUUGCAAAUGAAGCGCAAGGCAUCCCAUUUGGAUUUACCAACAGCGUGGACAUUGAUGAAUGGAGCACUACUGGAGCCGUGUAUUUUACCGAUAGCACCUCACGCUAUCAAAGAAGGAACUAUGUUUCAGUGAUAUUGAGUGGGGAUAAAACUGGAAGGCUGAUGAAAUAUGAUCCACAAAGAAAAAGAGUGGAGGUUCUUCUUAGGAACCUUUCAUUUCCAAAUGGGGUGGCAUUGAGCCAAAAUGGGGAUUUCCUUCUGGUUGCAGAGACCAGUGAAUGCAGGAUUAUGAGGUACUGGUUAAGAACAUCUAAGGCUGGGAGUUUUGAAGUUUUUGCUCAACUUCCAGGGUUUCCAGACAACAUAAAAAUGAGCCCAAGAGGUGGAUUUUGGGUGGGAAUUCAUUCAAGAAGAGAAUGGCUUGUGAGGAGGAUUCUUUCAUACCCUGUGAUGGGGAAAACUCUGGUCAGACUUCCUAUUAACAUUAUGAAAGCUUAUGGGUAUUUGGGAAAAUGGAGAGGAAGUGGGUUGGCUAUGAGAUUGAGUGAGGAAGGUGAAAUCUUGGAUGUUCUUGAAGACAAAACCAGAAUAAGAUGGAAGACAGUGAGUGAAGUGAAGGAGAAAGAUGGGACUCUAUGGAUUGGAUCCAUAAAUAAGCCUUUUGCUGUCAAAUAUAAAGUUUAGUUCUUUCUCUUUUUUUUCUUUUUAUCCAUUCUAUAAAAAUAUUUGCUACCAGAAGCAGAUAAUGUUGCUGAAUUAUUAUUCUUAACCUUUUUAGUUUUGGUAAUUGAAGACCUGUCAAUAUGCAAAAGGAGAAAGAAAAAAAAAAAAAAUUCGUGUUUUUAACAUAUGA